AUGGAUUACUACUCCAUCGUCGGCGUCUCGGCCUCCGCUGACUCUAAUCAGAUUACCUCUGCCUAUCGAAAAGCCUCCCUGAAAGUACAUCCAGACCGAAACCCAGAUGACCCAUUGGCUUCGGAGAAAUUUCAGGCACUGAAGACAGCAUUCGAGAUCCUCCUAGAUCCGAUCAAACGAGCUGAAUUCGACGCCAAGCGGGCCGCCCAAGCGGCCAGGACGGCCCGUUUCGCCGGUUUAGAUAACAAGCGGAAGGCGCUUGCACGCGAUCUCGAGGCUCGCGAAGAAGCGUACCAGAAACAACAGGACCAAUCUAUCCAGAAAGCCGCCAAAAUCAGAAAGCUUGAAGAGAUUAAAGCCGCUGGUGCUAAACUCCGCCAGGCAAAAAUGUCCGAACUCGCUUCUGUGGGACAAACCUCUUCUACUCAACCUGUCAAACCGUAUCCAGUCCCAUCAACCUGUCCGCCUCCCACAGCCGAAACUUGCGAUACUCUAGAAUGUACAUUGCGAUUCAAAUGGACCAGAAAGAAGCUCCCGGAGCUAAACACAGUCGAAGAUCUAUCAACUCGAAUCUGUUCCUGUGAUCUGAUCAGGCCCUCAGACAUAGAAUCAGUCGUCAUCUCUACAAAAAGCUUACUCGAUUCAGCUGACAACCCCGGCCCUCCAAGUAAAAAGGGAUCAGCUGUGGUCUGCUUUAAAACAAUUGCACUCUGUAACCGAUUCUUCGAAUUUGCUCAAGCCGAUCCCGGCUGGACAAAUUGUACCGUCACCCGGCUCUCUCCAAGUUCUUGA